AUGGCUAUAGACGCUCUCACUGAGAUCAUGGCGAAAGAGGGUCGGGAUGAGCCCAUAUCCUAUUACAGUUCCGCUAAGGUCGACACUGCAAAAAUUCGGGAAUUUUCGGUGGAUGGAGACGCCAAAGCCCACGCAGCUCAAGAUCGAGUCAGGGCCCAUCCGCUUGACGGCAAACCCUCGCUACCGGACUCUCUGUUGGCGGCGAUUGACUACCAAUCUUCGGCGACCAGUGAGGCCGUCAACAAAAAGAGGCACAGCCUCUUAGGCUCUCUGCGAGCCAGGGCCUCCGAGUUAGGGCCUACAGCCGAGAUCUGGCGCUGCCAGAUGGACCAAGGAGUCCGCUCCAUAAGUGGCCACCUGAACCUACCUCUCUUAGAAGAGUUCAUACAGCUGACACAAUACUCGGAUACCCAGCUGGCGAAGGACAUACAACAGGGUCUGCCUGUGAUCGGCAAGAUGCCAGAGAUAAAGGGGGUCUUCGCCCCGCUCAAGUCAAAUCCUGACCCAAAGGAAUCCAAUAAGAAGAAGACGAAGAAGAAGAAAAAGAAGAAGAGGUUGACAGCAUCUCAGCUCUUGGACGAAGCCUCGUCAUCCAUGAGGAAAACCCUGAACGAGAUCCGUCUAGGAGAAUUCGACGAGGAGAUUUGGGCAGCCACUCUAGCUGAGGUAGAGUCGGGACUCAUGGAGGGCCCAUACAGCCACGAGGAGGCAUUCCAGAGGUUCGGUCGCCACGUCAUCUCUAAGCGCUUUCCGGUCAGACAACCGGAUAAGACGAGAUUAUGCGACGACUAUCGCCGGAGUCAGGUUAAUGCAGCCACCGAAUAUACCCAGCGUAUCACUCUCCCGACUCAUCAUACGUUGGAGGUGGCAUGGAGGAAAAUGUCUAAGCACGACCUGGCGAGCCUAUGA